GUGGAGCUCAGAUUGAUCAGAUUCACCUCAGCCGCUCCAUCAUGGACCAGACACAAACAUCCACAGAUGAAGAUUUUUCCUCAGGAUACAGGUUGAGUUCUUGUAAUAUCACAGAUGAAGGUUGUGAUGCUCUGACUUCAGCUCUGACAUCAAACCCAUCACACCUGACUGAAAUUAUUCUGACUGAGAACAAAAUAGGAGAUUCAGGAGUGAAGCUGAUCUCUGAUGUACUGAAGAAUCCUGACUGUAAACUGAAGAUACUGAAGUUGAGUUAUUGUAAUAUCACAGAUGAAGGUUGUGAUGCUCUGACUUCUGCUCUGACAUCAAACCCAUCACACCUGACUGAACUGAAUCUGACUGGGAACAAAAUCGGAGAUUCAGGAGUGAAGAUGAUCUCUGAUGUACUGAAGAAUCCUGACUGUAAACUGAAGAUACUGAAGUUGAAGUACUGUAAUAUCACAGAUGAAGGUUGUGUUGCUCUGUCUUCCGCUCUGACAUCAAACCCAUCACACCUGAGAGAACUAAAUUUGUCUGUGAAUAAAUUUGGAGAUUCAGGAGUGAAGCUGAUCUCUGAUGUAUUGAAGAAUCCUGACUGUAAACUGGAGAUAUUGGACAUGAGAAUGUGUGAAAUCACAGCUGAAGGUUGUGUUGCUCUGUCUUUAGCUCUGACAUCAAACCCAUCACACCUGAGAGAUCUGAAUCUGUCUAUGAAUGAAUUUGGAGAUUCAGGAGUGAAGCUGAUCUCUGAUGUACUGAAGAAUCCUGACUGUAAACUAAAGAAACUAAAGUUGUGUGUUUGUAAAAUCACAGCUGAAGGUUGUGUUGCUCUGUCUUCAGCUCUGAGAUCAAACCCAUCACACCUGAGACAUCUGAAUUUGUCGUUUAAUUAUGUAACGGAUUCAGGAGUGAAGCUGAUCUCUGAUGUACUGAAAAAUCCUGACUGUAAACUGGAGAUACUCAACUUGUGUGAAUGUAAUGUCACAACAGAUGGUUGUGCAGCUCUGUCUUCAUCUCUGACAUCAAACCCAUCACACCUGAGAGAUCUGAAACUGAACUGGAAUUAUAUUGGGGAUUCAGAAUUAAAGCUGAUCUCUGAUGUACUGAAGAAUCCUGAAUGUCAACUGGAGAUACUGGAGUAAGAUCAUCUCUCUGACAGUCACACAAUGCACUGGUUCUUAGUACAACAUAAAAAAUAAUCACACAACAGGGUUUAUAUAAAGUCAGGGAGAGAUUAUGAUAAGCAAGUAGAUUCACUGUGUCAGAAAUUUAGAGAGAAGAGGUACAAUGAAGACAGAAUUAUACAUUUCAGGGCUCAAGGGUGCGACCUAAUUUCUCAAUGGCGCGACUUA